CGUGUCUGCUUCUCCUUUAAAACUGCUUCCCCUGUCUGAGUCUGCACACUCACACAGGUCUAGCUCUGAGUACAGGAUCACUCUCCCUUCAUCACUCACUCCAGCCAUCAUGUCCAAGACGGGUCAUGUACAAAGGUCUACAAAUGUGGUGUAUCAGUCCCACCACGUGAGCAGAAGCAAGAGAGGACAGGUUGUGGGCACCAGAGCAGGCUUCCGUGGCUGCACAGUUUGGCUAACAGGCUUGUCAGGAGCUGGUAAAACCACUCUGGGCUUUGCCUUGGAAGAGUACCUUGUGACACAUGCCAUUCCCUGCUACUCCCUGGAUGGAGAUAAUAUUCGGCAUGGUCUGAAUAGGAACCUGGGUUUCUCCAAUGAAGACCGAGAAGAGAACAUCCGACGUAUCGCUGAGGUUGCAAAGCUCUUUGCAGAUGCAGGCCUGGUUUGCAUCACAAGCUUUAUCUCGCCGUAUACCAAGGAUCGGCUAGAGGCGCGUAAAGUGCACGAUGCUGUAGGCCUUCCAUUCUUUGAAAUCUUCGUUGAUGCCCCUCUGGAUAUUUGCGAAAGCAGAGAUGUAAAGGGUCUAUACAAAAAGGCCAGAGCUGGAGAAAUCAAAGGGUUCACUGGUAUUGAUGCUGAAUAUGAGAAGCCAGACGCUCCUGAGCUUGUACUAAAAACCAAUAUUCACAGUGUAAAUGAUUGUAUUCAUCAGAUAGUAGAGCUACUGCAAGAAGCGGCCAUUGUCCCAUCUGGAGCUACUAAAGACGUCCAUGAAUUGUUUGUACCAGAGAAUAAGCUGAAUAAGGCUCGAGAAGAAGCAAAGAACAUACCCGCUGUUAACAUCACCAAGUUGGACCUCCAGUGGGUGCAGGUUCUGAGUGAAGGAUGGGCCACUCCAUUAAAAGGCUUCAUGCGUGAGAGGGAGUAUCUACAAGUUCUUCAUUUUGACACCCUCUUGGAUGAUACGAAGCAUAACUCAGAUUUAUCAUUCUCAAGGUAUCUUGGAGGGGUAAUCAACUUGAGCAUCCCCAUCGUGCUGCCAGUAUCCACUAACGAUAAGGAAAGGUUGUCUGGCACUAAAGCCUUUGCUCUGGAGUAUGAAGGUAGGAAGGUGGCAAUUCUACGAAACCCAGAAUUUUUCGAGCACAGAAAGGAGGAGAGAUGUGCACGUGUUUGGGGAACAACUUGCCCUCAGCAUCCUCAUGUCAAAAUGGUCCUGGAAAGUGGAGAUUGGCUGGCUGGUGGAGAACUUGAGGUUCUAGAAAGAAUCCGAUGGGAAGAUGGUCUAGAUCAGUAUCGCCUCACACCUCUAGAGCUAAAGCAGAAGGCUAAAGAGUUGAAUGCAGAUGCUGUGUUUGCCUUCCAGUUACGUAACCCUGUUCACAACGGACAUGCUUUGCUGAUGCAGGACACCAGGCGCCAUCUGCUGGACAGAGGCUACAAAUGCCCUGUGCUUUUGCUGCACCCGUUAGGAGGGUGGACAAAAGAUGAUGAUGUACCUUUGGAUUGGCGCAUGAAGCAACAUGCAGCAGUGCUUGAAGAGGGGGUUUUGGAUCCAAAAACAACAAUUGUUGCCAUAUUUCCAUCUCCGAUGCUGUAUGCUGGGCCUACAGAGGUACAGUGGCAUUGCAGAUCUCGGAUGAUUGCCGGUUCCAACUUUUACAUUGUCGGACGUGACCCAGCUGGAAUGCCACAUCCUGAAACCAAAGCGGACUUGUACGAGCCAACACAUGGUGGGAAGGUGCUCAGUAUGGCGCCGGGACUGACAUCCGUGGAAAUCAUUCCCUUCAGAGUUGCUGCAUACAAUAAGAACAACAAAGCAAUGGAGUUUUACGACAAAGAAAGGCACAACGAGUUUGACUUUAUUUCUGGGACUCGGAUGAGAAAACUUGCCCGUGAAGGAGAGAAUCCCCCAGAAGGCUUCAUGGCUCCCUUGGCAUGGAAGGUGUUAACAGAUUACUACUGUUCGCUAGAAAAAAACUAUUGAUCUGAAAGCAACGGAAUUAUGGAAGCAAUAGCCUAGUUUUUUUUUUUUUUUUUUAAAUGAGAUUAUGCGCUAAUUUAGAAAAAAAUGUAUUUUAUAGCUUUUAACACAUUUUAAUUGCUUUUUUGUACAAGAAAAAAAAUAAAAAUAGUAUACCAAGUUAAAAGAAAUAUAAGAUGUUGGUCAAAUGUAAUAAGACGAAUCCUCGCAGAUAGCCUUAUGUUGUGUAAACACAGCAUUUGUACACUAUGCACAAGCAAAGUAUUUGGUUUAUAAGUCGACAUCUAAACCGUGCUUCCAAUUAAAUACAUUUGUUUGAGGCAGUCAGUAUAAAAGUUAAAGGAGUACAGUAUAAAAUGUUUGAUAUAUAUAUAUAUAUUUUUUACCCUAAAAAAAAACAACUUUCACCUAAUUGGCCCACUCAUGUUAAUCUAUAGUCUAUCCUACCUUCAAUUCGUGUGCCUAUUAAUUAAAUAACACAAGUUAGAGGGGCUUUAACAAGUUCAGGGUAAAAGUUGUUGCAAGAAAGAAGUUAGGAACAAGCAAGUGUCACAUAAAUUCUAUUUGCAAAAAUGUAAAGCCUUUUAUACAUCGCUCAAUCAUAGAACUCUAAUAAUUGCUCCAUAAAGUCUUCUGUAUAAAGAAGUUUGUAAAAUUGAGUAAUUACUGUGAAAACCAAUUACAUUGCCCCAUCAGUG